AUGCAAGACAAAUGCCUUCUGGGUCGAAUCCAAGACAACAAGAUGAUCUGGCAGCCUUUGUAUCAACAUCCGCCAACCUUGUUGAAGGGCCUAGGGGAAGACAGGAUUUGCAUGGAUUUGGAGGGCGUUCGACAUGAAGGUAUUGUGGUUUACUCGGCAUCCAGCAGCAAGUUGCUUAUCAACUGGAGCGAUG